AACAGUAAUUAAAAUAAUCGUACCAAUAUAUCAGCCUAUAGAGGCACUGGUGUGUCAGUGCAGUUAGCCCCAUGACUCUGGAUAUGGUGGGGAAAAUCAAGAUAUUUACAUAGCUAGACAUUAUUUUUUGCUAGCACUUUUUAACCCGGAAGAAGAACUUGAAUGUCGUCAUGGGGAGUAAAAUGAGUGGCAAAAUGGCAGCAGCCAGUCGGGUCGUGCAGGUUGUAAAGCCUCAUGCGCCACUAAUCAAAUUUCCAAAUCGAAAGGACUUCCCGAAACCAAAUGUUCAGGAAGUCCUGAAAAUGUUUGCAGCCAGCCCUCCACAGAUGUCUCCUUCUCCAACAGCACCAUCAAUAGCACUUCCCUCCAGCCCUCCUGGACCAGCCGCCCGCCUCCCUGGUACCCCUGACACUGUGGCCACUGUUAAAGAGCUCCCCCAGAGGUACAGGAGGAGGCCUCUAGCACUAGACGAGAUGGAUUAUAUCCAGCGCGGUGGACCAGAGUGACAGUGACACAGUUCAAAUCCCACCCAGACUCUUUAUCUGUUAAAAUCUGUUUUCUGUUUGUCGUUGCCUAUCUGUUUUCCUCAACAUAAGAGGAGUUGAUGCCACAUUCAUCAUAAAUAAUAUACAGAAAUAACCUAUUUAAUUAUUGUUAAAAAAUGUACAUAAAAAUUAUUUUUGAACAUGUAAUUGUGUAGAUAUUGCUGAAAUGUUUGACUCGUGUGUCCAUAAGCUGCGUGUAUGCAGCCUGGACGUUUAGUGUGUGAGUUUCAGUCAUUACCUGAAGCACACAAACCUCAGUGGUCCACUAUGGAAAUACAGACAGUCAAAUUUGAUCUCCAACGUGUAGCUACAACACUCUUCUCACUACAGUGAUAUCUUUAUACAACAGCUUUAUACACACAGCAUGUUCUUUGGCGUGCCCUCUUUGUUCAGCCAACUCAGCUGUUAUGGACAUGAGUAAAAGAAGAGAAGACAGGUUGCGUCCUCCUGCCUCUGUGUCAAAAUACCUGGUGUAUGUGCGAGGACAAAGCUCAUUUUAUGACUCAGUUCAGAAACUGGACUCAUUACCUGUUUCUCAAGAUAUAAAGAAUGACUUAAUAAAAGACUUAAUAUGG